AUGUCUACCGCUCCGACCCGCGAGACCGGUGGCGAUGCGGGCGAAGUUAGCUCGGCCGCGUCCGUACAAGCUGCUCCGGCGCCGCGUGUGCCAUCGCCUACGACCGACAUCGACGCCGGCAAGAUCGAGGUUGUUGAUGGCAAGCCCGUCUGGAAACCCACGCGCCAGUUCCUCCUAGCCUUUGGCUCCCUCUGCAUCGUGGCCCUCGCUAUCUCCUUCGACGCCACCAGCCUCUCUGUCGCCCUGCCCAUCAUCAGCACGGCCCUCGGCGGCACGGCCCUGGAGGCCUUCUGGUCCGGUACGAGCUUCCUGUUAGCCACAACGGUCCUGCAGCCCACGACGGCCGCGCUGAGCCACAUCUUUGGUCGCAAAUACUUGAUCUACAUCACCUCUGUCCUCUUCGCUGUGGGAUCUCUGGUUGCCGGUCUGGCGCACAACUUCACCGUCAUCCUGGUUGGUCGGAGCCUCCAGGGCGUCGGUGGAGGUAGUCUUCUCGCUCUGAUCGAGAAGGGCAUGUCCUCUAACAGACCGCGCCGCCACGACACACAGAUCGUCAUCACCGACCUCGUCCCCCUCGCCUUCCGCCCCACCUGGUUCAGCCUGCUGUCCGCCGUCUGGAGCGUCGGCACCGUCACCGGCCCGCUCAUCGGCGCCGGCUUCGCCCAGAAGGUCACCUGGCGGUGGAUCUUCUACAUCAACCUGCCCAUCAUCGGGCUCGGGCUCGUCGCCGUCGCCCUCUUCCUCAAGCAGGCCAAGAUCCCCGGCGGCAUCGUGCAGAAGCUGCGGCGCUUCGACUGGGUCGGCUCCGCGCUCUUCACGGCCGCCUCGACGGGCUUCCUCUUCGGCCUGACCACGGGCGGCGUCAUGUACGAGUGGUCCUCGUGGCGCGUCCUGCUGCCCCUCAUCGCCGGCUUCCUGGGCGUCGUCGUCUUCGGCUUCUGGGAGAUGCGCUACGCGGCCGAGCCCAUCAUCCACCGCGACAUCUUUGUCAACCGCGACAUGGUCAUCACCUACGUCACCACCGUCAUGCACGGCGCCAUCCUCUGGUCCAUCCUCUACUUCCUCGUCCUCUACUACCAGGCCGUCAAGUUCUACACGCCCGUCGUCUCGGCCGUCGCCGCCCUGCCCGAGAGCCUGACCGUCGCCCCGGCCGCCAUGCUCGUCGGCGUCGUGGCGGGCGUCACGGGCCGCUACCGCUGGGCCGUGCACGCCGGCUGGGUGCUCGCCACGGCCGGGCUGGGCAUCCUCAUGCUGCUGCGGCCCGAGACGACCGUCGCGCAGUGGAUCUUCAUCAACAUCCCCGUCGGCCUCGGCACGGGCAUGCUCUUCCCGGCCAUGACCCUGACCAUCCAGGCCGCCUGCGAGCCGGCCCUCAACGCCGAGGCCGCCGCCUUCUUCUCCUUCCUGCGCACCUUUGGCCAGUCCGUCGGCGUCGCCGUCAGCGGCGUCAUCUUCCAGAACGUCUUCCGCCAGAAGCUGCUGGCCAUCCCGGCCCUCGCCGCCCGGGCCGACGAGUACUCGCGCGACGCCACCAUCGUCGUGGGCGUCAUACAGAACAUGGCGCCGUCGCCGGAGCGGGACGCCCUGGUCGGCGCCUUCAGCGACGGCCUGCGGAUCAUCUGGGCCGCGCUGCUGGCGUUCGCGGCGUUCAGCUUGAUCAUCAGCUUGGGCAUCAAGGGCUACUCGCUCAACCAGGAGCACGUCACCCGGCAGGGGCUGGUGGUGGACGAGAAGGAGCAGAAGCGGAGGGAGCAGGAGAAGAAGGAGGACUCGGUAUGA